CGUGUAUGAGUCCGGUGUGUUUCUGUAGCCGCAGAUAAUAUCAACUUCAGGAUUUAUAAACCCUUGAUUAGUGACGUGUGUGUUGAGAUAUAAACUGACGAAUGUUAACCGGGAGAUUAAAGAAUGUUAACGAGCGGCGUUAGUUUGGUCUGUUUGCUCAUGCCACCAGUUAGCUUGUAGCUAACCUGCUCCGAGGGCAUCGAACCCGCGACCCCCUGAGCCCCGGCAUGGGACCUGAUCUGGGAACAGAGGCCCUCCCGCUGCCCUCGCUGCGCCUGCUGGUGUCCCCCCUGCAGCUGAGCGUGGCGGUCAUGUGGCGGGUGCUCCACCGGCUGGAGGUGCAGCACUACUGGGCGGUGGCCCGCUUCGUGGGCCUUCUGCUGGAGGCGGUCCCCGAGCUGCUGCUGGACCCCCACUGGACCCCGCUGGGCAUCGGCCUGCGGGCCAAGUAUAUCCUGGAGCUGUGUCGGGCUGACCAACCUGUGGACCCAGAGCAGAUUAGGGCACUCCUGGACACGGUCGCUAGGCCGCACCCCCCCAGAGCUAGACAGGAACAGGAAGAGGAGGAGGAGGAGGAGGAGGAGGAGGAGGAGGGGCCUGUGGAGGCUAACUUUGUGGAGCUGGUCCACACGAUGCUCAAAGACCCGGAGGUUAAACAGCACUUUUUCACGGAGGUGUUCCCACUGGCGUACGGUCCGGACUACGACCAGGACCUCCUCACCCUGUUUGAAGAGCUCCUCUACCGACUGGCCCAGCUGCUCCCGGUCCCUGACCUCGGACAGACGGUGUCGUGGCUGGGCAGCAGCAGCAGCUCUCUCCUGGACGACUGCUCCGUCUCCUCCACCCACCUGAGAGGUUUACUGCAGCACCACCGACAGCUGGGUCACCUGGAGGAGCACGUUCCUCCCUCCUCUAUGGGCAACUGCAUCCUGUCGUCCCUGGCCGGCCCGCCCCCAGCCGGGCCCCACAGCCAAUCAGCUUCACCGCAGCGCCUCGGGGACCACGGCCCAUUCGCCGACGGAGCGGCCGAGGUCGUCAUGGUGACGGACUACGCCGAGGUGGAGCUCGGCACCACUGGCCACCCGCCGGAAGAGUGCGUGGAGGAGGUCGUCACGGAGACGGAGGUCGUCACGGAGACGGAGGAGGAGGGGGCUCCGACGGAGGAGGACCCCGCCUUCCCCGACGAGAUGAAACAGGAACAGGAAGAGGAGGCGGCGUCCCCGGCCCGCCCCCACGUCUGCCCCGACUGCCCGAAGCGGUUCCGCUUCGCCUCGUCGCUCACCGCCCACCGGGUGGUGCACACCCGGGAGCGCCCCCACCGCUGCCCCGCCUGCGGCCGCUGCUUCUCCUUCCGCCAGUCGCUGGAGCGCCACAGGCACACGCACGAGACGCCCCCCGGGACGGCCACGCCCCAAAGCGAACACGAGACGACCCCCGGGACGGCCACGCCCCAAAGCGAACACGAGACGAGCGCGGCCCUGAGCGAGCACGAGACGCCCACGCCCCAGACGGUCACGCCCCAAAGCGAGCCACAGGCGGCCACACCCCAGACGGCCACGCCCCAGACGGCGCCUGGCAGCGGCGGCCGGGACGCGCGCUCGCUCUGCGACAGGAAGUUGAGCUGUGAGCCGGCGCCGGCGGACCCUGAGAGUUCCGGCGGGGAGCCGCCGCCCCCCCAGGUGAAGCAGGAGGCGGGGGCGGACGGAGACGACGACGGCGGUGGUGAGCGGGUGGGGUCGGGGGCCGGGCGGGUGGAGGCCCUGGCUCCGGCGCUGGUGGAGCGGGUGGUGUCCCUGGUGGCGGUGCGGAGCAGCGGCCGCAAGAGGAAGCCCACCAUGAAGGUCCAGGUCAUCAACCUGCAGAGGAGCCUGGGGAGGGGCGGGGCCAGCCUGGGGGCGGAGCCUAAGAGGAGGAAGCAGGUUGGGGCAGCUGCGCCCUUCUUCAGCUCGGAGCACUCGUACGGUUCCGCUGAGGGCCUCCCGGGUUCCGCGGCGGCCGAGGGUGAAGACGCCGCGUGGGGCGGCUCCUCUCAGGUCCUCGGCGGCCCAGCCGCAGACCCAGUCCUCCAGGCUCCUCCUCCUCCUCUUCCCGGCGUUCCCGGUUGUCAGGACGACGCGGACGACGCCCCCGCCGCCGCCGACCUGCGGGACGGCCGCUUCGGCUGCCCCGACUGCGCCAAGAGCUUCCGCUUCCGCUCGCUGCUGGCGUCGCACCGCCGCGUCCACACGGGCGAGCAGCCCUUCCUCUGCCCGGCGUGCGGCCGCCGCUUCUCCUUCAAGCAGUCGCUGGAGCGUCACCGCCGCACGCACGGACCCGGGCCGCCCGCCUCCCCCGCCGAGCUGCGGGACCCCGGGGGGGGGCGCCCGGACGCCGGGGGCGGGGCCUUCCUCUGCUCCCGCUGCGGGCGCUCCUUCAGCGCCAAGUCGGCGCUGCUCCGGCACGCCAGGACGCACGGCGAGGAGACGCCGACGGGGCCCUCCGGCGUGGCCCCGCCCCCCGGGGAGCAGCAGGAGGCGCUCCACACCUGCGACUGCGGCAAGUCGUUCCCGUACCGCGCGGCGCUCACGGCCCACCAGCGCGUGCACCGCGAGGAGCGGCCGCACGCCUGCGCCCACUGCCCCAAGCGCUUCCUGUACCGCGGCGGGCUGACGAGCCACGCCAAGACGCACUGCGACGACAAGCCCUUCGCCUGCUCCUUCUGCGGCAAGAGCUUCAAGCGCGAGCGCAACAUGAAGAAGCACGAGCGCUGCCACACGCGGGACGGCGUGUUCCGCUGCUCGCAGUGCGACAAGAGCUUUGUGUACAAGGCCACGCUGACGCGCCACGAGCUGACGCACUCGGGCGAGCGCCCCUUCCUCUGCUGCGACUGCGGCAAGGGCUUCUACUCGCACGCCGAGUUGCUGAAACACGAGCGCUUCCACACGGGCCACAAGCCCUUCCAGUGCCCCUUCUGCGGCAAGCGCUUCACGCAGUCCUGCUACCUGACCAUCCACGUGCGCUACCACACGGGGGCGCGGCCGUACGCGUGCCCCGACUGCGACAAGAGCUUCAUGAGCGCCAACCGGCUGAAGAGGCACCAGCGCACGCACACCGGAGAGAAGCCCUACCUGUGCCCCGAGUGUGGACGGGGCUUCAGGCAGUCCUACCACCUCAAGGUGCACCUGAGGACGCACGCCUACGCCUAGGACACGCCCCCUCCCCUGAGGACCCAUGUCUAGGGCACACCCCCAGGGUUCACCGCCUACACCUAGGCCACGCCCCCCACUCGCAACCGUGGGGGUCAGAGGUCAUCAAGCUAACACUGAAGAAUGAGUUUCUAUUAAUCAUGAUUCACUACGUCUGUCGAGAUUCGAAUAGUCUUCAUUCUCCUGGGACGGGUUGUGUAGAAGCGUUAAAGUGAAAGCGAAAAUGCUCUAAAAAGCAGAGUCCAAGUGUGUUAAUAAUAAAUCAUGUUUGAUAAGAAAUACUUUUAUUAAGUUUGACAACAAAAAAUAUGAAAUUACAAUUUAGGAAUAGAGGUACUCUAACAUCGGGUAUGAAAAAUGUUAAUCCCCUCACCUUGCAGUCAAGUGUGUUUGCACUCAAACAGAAAUACCAAAUCUAUUUUUCUACAAACUCGUUUUCUGGGUCACUAAACUGAACGUGACAUACAGUAAGUAGCACCAGGAAGUCACAGGACAACACAUCUAAAGAGAAACCAAACUCUAAACCUCGGACCCCAGUGACUGGUCUAUAGGGGUAAGGACCACUUUGUACCAAACACUUAACAGACGGUUAGGUUCAGAGUUUGGUUUCCCUUCAACAACAUUAGGGCUGGUCGCUGCAGGAGGCGGUUGCCUAGACGACAAGAAACAGGGUGAUGGGGCAGUGGUCGCUACCCAUGGCUUGGUUGCGGAUCUUGCUGUCACAGAGGCCGGGCAUCAGGCCCUCGGAGAGCAGGAAGUAGUCGAGGCGCCAGCCCACGUUCUUGGAGCGCGAGUUCAUCAUGUAGGUCCAGAAGGAGUAGGCGUUGGCCUGCUCGGGGUAGCGGUGGCGGAAGCUGUCGGUGAAGCCGGCGGCCAGCAGCGUGGUGAAGGCCUCGCGCUCCUCCACCGUGAAGCCUGCGUUCUUCUUGUUGCCCUUGGGGUUCUUCAGGUCGAUCUCCUGGUGGGCCACGUUCAGGUCGCCGCACAUCACCACGGGCUUGCUCUCCUCAAGGCCGAGCAGGUACGCCUGGAGGUCCGCGUCCCAGGUCUUGCGGUACUCCAGCCGCACCAGGCCCUUGCCCGAGUUGGGGACGUAGGUGGUGACCAGGAAGAAGGCGGGGAACUCUGCGGUGAUGACGCGCCCCUCCUUGUCGUGCUCCUCCUUGCCUGGGGGGCCCCGAGGAGAAACCGUUUAGACAUCUGGUCGCCUCACGGCUACGACUUUUCAAACGCAAUUUCCUACAUAAGUUGAUCGAUUCCAAGUUAAGAUGUGAUUCUGAAUAAGUAAACCUCGACCAAGGUCCUGGCUCUAGGAGGCCUACAGGUAGGGGUCAGGGGUCAUCUGGCUCUAGGAGGCCUAAAGGUAAGGGACAGGGGUCCCUUGCUCCAACUAGAACUACACCAAAAGAGAGGGCUGUGGGUUCCUCACCGAUGCCGUAGGUGACGUUGAUGGGCUCCGUCUUGCAGAGCAUGGCCACGCCGCUGUAGCCGUCCUUCUCCGCGCUCAGCCAGUACUUGUGGGGGAACUCCGGCAUGGAGGUGAUCUCCGCCGGGAGAGACUUCUCGUUACACUUGGUCUCCUGGAGACACAAGACGUCUGGGGCCUCCUCAC